AUGGCUCGAGUCUGGACAUUCUUCUCGGCCUUCCUGGCUUUAGCAGCUGCGCAGCAACCCGCAGCUAUUUAUGACGGUGGUCUUGGUGACGGUACCAAUGGCACUAUCGCUCUCCGCAUUGGCAACGGCGGUGCCGGCCAGAGUGGUCUCGUCAAGGAGUUGGCCGAUGCCUUCAUCCAGGACAGCGUUGCCAAUGGCAGCAAGCCAUUCACUGUCGCAUGGGUCACGAGUGAUACCACUUACAGCAUCGAGUACCUGAAGCAGGGCUCCAUUGAUGUCGGCAUUACCUACAACUUCGCCGCUGAGGAUAUCGCUGUCAAGCAGGGCAUCGCCAAGAAGGAGAUAUACUAUGCCUUCCGCGACCACUUCCUCCUGGUUGGUCCCAAGGCCAACCCCGCCAACAUCUCGCAGAGCGACGACAUUAGCACCAUCUUCUCCAAUUUACACCAAGCUGCUGAGGGUGCUGUCACCACCCCUCCCACCCGUUUCCUCUCCCGGUACGACAAGUCCGCCACCAACAUCAAGGAGUCUCUCCUCUGGGCUGGCAUUGGCCAGGUCCCGUGGGCCACCGCCUACUCCAAGUGGUACCACCAGUACAUUGGCUUCCCUAUUCAGGCUCUGACUGCUGCCAUUCUUCUCGAGGAGUACACCAUCACUGACCGCGGCACCAUCCUCUCCAUCGAUUCCGAGCUCCGCAACCAAACUGUCAUCUACAAGGCUGGUUCCGACGAUGCCAGCGACCCUCUGCUGAACCCUGCUCGUCUGCUCAUCGGCGAGAAGGCUCCCAACCCCGAGCAGGCUACCAAGUUCGCCGAGUGGCUCGUCAGCGCCCGCGGCCAGAAGGUCAUUACCAACUUCAAGAAGGAUGGUCAGCAACUGUACAGUGGCGCUCCUUGA